UAUUAAGGGAGCACGCAACUUCUAGGCAAGACCAGCCCUUCGAUAGCAUUCACAUGUAGGCUAGUCUGCUGCAUGCGGGCGAAGAAAAGAAAAGUGGUUAGCCUACUGGUAGUGUAGGCUAUAGACAGACGUAUUGCUGUUAGGAAAAAUAUCGUGAAAAGUGCAAAGGACAAGUUAAGUUUCGUUUUUCCCUCGCAGCCUCAUCAGACGUUUCAUCAUGGCCGACAUGGCCGAGAGUCAGUUUUCUCUGAUGAGUCUGGAGGAUGAACUGACCUGCAGCAUCUGUCUGAGUCCCUUUGACUGUCCGGUGACCAUCCCCUGCGGACACAACUUCUGUCAGGAAUGUCUCCUUGACUCCUGGACGGAGGACUCGUACAGCUGUCCUCAGUGUCGGACCCACUUCGCCACCAAACCGGAGCUGAAGAAAAACACGGUGCUCAGCACCGUUGUGGAGACUUUCAACUUGAGUACGAGCAAGAGUGAGGUCGGCCUGGAAGAAACGUCAGAGGAGAGCGAUGAAGCUGAGGAGGAGGAGGAGGAGGAGGAGGAUGAAGAGGAGGAUGUCAUACGCUGUGAUACAUGUAUGGAAGCAGAAGCGUCCCAGACCUGCCUCACCUGCAUGGCUUCUUUUUGCGAGGAGCACCUGCGGCCUCACCGGGAAAACCCGAAGUUUAGCGUCCACCAACUGAUUGAGCCUGUGGGCGACCUGUCGGAGCGUAUCUGCCCGGACCACCACAAGCUGAUGGAGCUCUUCUGCAGCCAACAUGGCCGCCCAAUCUGCAGCCUCUGCCUCCAGCAGGUGCACAAAGGCUGCUCCUUCAUUUCUCCUGAGGAGCAGAGGAACCUGAAAGAGGUUGAACUCAGAGACAAGUUGGGUGUGCUGGAUGGGAAGAUUGAGAAGACUGAGAAUGUUAUGUUUCAAAUCAAUGACAUGCAGAGGAAGCUGAAGGACGCAGCAACCAAAAGGAAGACAGCAUACGCAGCUGUGUACCAGCAGAUGCGGGAUAUGCUGGCCCAAGAAGAACGCGAGGCCCAACAUGAGGUGGACGGCGAGCUGGAGAUUUGCCAGACAAAACUGCGGGAUUUCAUGAAGAGAUUAACUGAGAAUAUGGACAACAUGACAAAAGCCAGAGAAGAUGUUAACAGUCUGCUGAGUGAAUCCCAAACAGUGGCCUUUCUACAGGCUUCAUUUGACUUGCCUAGGGUUGCAAAGUUUGACCCUCACACCCCUCGAGUCAACCUGGACUCCAAGAAAGUGACGGCAGCACAGGCCUUCUCUGCUGCCCUGAAGGAGCAUCUGACAGACAUCCUGAAGCAGCCGGUUGACGCCAGACUGCUGAAACUUAAUCCAGAGCUUAACACUGGCAUUGUUGCGUCUGAUGAAAACGCUGUUCCUGUCUCGGCACCUGCAAGUACUGGAUAUCAGCCAGAAUUUGAAGUACCAGAGCCUCCGCCGCCUCCGCCCAUGUCCCACAGUCCAGCCUGUCCUCCUAUGCGGCCGUAUUACCAGCAAGUUCCUGUUUACGUGGGGGGGGGAUUCCAGCCUUCACAUGCAGGCUGGAACCCAACCCAUCAUCCACAAGGCCCUUAUAGGGGGCCUCGGUUUACUGGAGGACAAAAGACAAACAAGAAAAGUGAUGGCAGUCACCAACCCUCCCAAAAACAAGACAAAAGGCCUAACCCUAAAUCAGGAGGAAAAAACCCAGGGGCCAAAGGAUCUGCUUCCACUAAGAAAGACAAUCCCAAAAGCCAUCCUUCAGAGAAAACUAAGCACCAUCCACGGCCUAAAACUAAGUAGACACAGCACAUGUACUCUGCUGUCCUGAUACAACGAGGCGCUGUUAAGCUCCGUUUCUCAUCAGUCCAUCACAUGAUAGGGAAUGGCAUUGUCGUGUUGCUUUUUAAGUGCUUUAACAAACAGCUCACACUUUGGCGCUUGUUUGCGUGACGUAAUAAUUGUCAUGGAUAUAUUCUGUGUUUUUUGUACAUAAGGAAAAUGUGUGUGUGAAUAAGCGAUUGGGUAGCAGUGGCUUUAAAAUGAGCACGAGAUUUUCAAGCAGCUUGACUUUGGUAUUUGUUUAACUG